AGCACAAACCACAGGGAGUUAAGUGCUAUUUACCCAUUAUAUUUUUCCAACAAUGUAGUGUACAUCAUUAACCUCUGACUUUUCAAAUUGAGCAGCUAAUUAAUUACAUAUUAAAUUAUGUAUUAUAUAUUAAUUUAUAUAUAAACACAUAUUUACGAGAAGGUAUCAUCUUCCCCACUAAUUUCAAUUUCUUUCUGAAGUCUGAAAAUUCAAAAAAAUCAAUUAUGGGAAAAAUUCUGAGAGAUUUUUUAGGUCUGAUCAAAGACAAAGCCUCCAUAUCAAAAGCCGCCUUACUCUCAUCAAACCCUAACGCGCUAUCCAUCCGGCUCGCCGUCCUACGCGCCACCACCCACACCCCCGCCGCCCCGCCGGAGGACGCCGCCCUCACCGCCGUCCUCCUCCUCGGCGAGACCUCCCGCUCCACCGCCUCCCCCAUCAUCACCGCCCUCAUGGACCGCCUCCGCCGCACCGGAAACUGCGUCGUCGCCCUCAAGUGCCUCCUCGUCGUCCACCACAUCAUCCGCCGCGGCCCCUUCAUCCUCCAGGACCAGCUCUCCAUCUUCCCCGCCGGCGGCGGCCACAACCACCUGAAGCUGUCCGACUUCCGCGACGGCGCCACCGCUGCCACGUGGGUGCUCUCCUCCUGGGUGCGGUACGCCCGCUACCUCGAGACCCUCCUCUCCACCUCCAGGGUUCUCGGAUACUUCCUCUGCUCCUCCUCCUCCUGCGCCGCCGCCGUCAAAGAGAAUCAAGAACGAAGAAUCUCCUCCUUCUUGAACGUUGACCUGGUCAAAGACCUCGAUUCCCUCGUCGUACUCGUCGAAGAAAUCUGCCGUGGGCCCCAAUUAAUCGACGGCGAUUCGCUGGUGAACGAGAUCGUCGGGUUACUCUCCGGCGACUACCUCUCGUCGGUGAAUGAGAUCUUGGUCCGACUCAGUGAGUUCAACGAACGACUGAGUUACCUGAGUUUCGGCGACUCGGUCGAACUCGUUUGUGCUUUAAAGAGAUUACAAGACUGUCGAGAAAGAUUGACGGUUUUGUACGUGGUGAAUAAGCCCUCGGUUGAGAUGAUGUGGGGUUUAGUGGAGGAACUCAAGGGCAAAAUUGGAAUGUUGAAGGUGUACAAAAGUGGGCCGAAAUUGCUGAGUUGGGGGAAGGCGAGUGAGUCGACUCGGUACGGUGAACGAGUUUUGGGGACGUUUGACCCGGUCAAAUGCCAAUCAGGAAGGUUCUAGUUUUCUUCUUGUGGAUGAUUGGUUGAAUGAUAAUAUUUUUGCUAUUCUUGGAUUGGGGUUUGUUAAUAUUAUUUUAGAGGAUAAUAUAUAGUUACUUUAUUUGUAUAUGAGGAUAUUUUUUAUGAUUCAUUUAAUUCAAUACUUUGUCCCUUUGUCAAUGUAUAUAGAUGGUCAAAAAGUAUGAGAACUUUAAGAAAUAUUCAAAUUAAAUUUGUUGUUUUCUCUA